AUACUUGCUGAGCUAUGCACACGGAGAUUGUAUGCGUGGACUGAAGACAAACGAAUAUUAAAGAUCUGAGCAGUGUGCACAGUUUACUUUCAAAGCUAUUCUUGAUUGUCAUCGACUUUUAUCAAAGAUGGUGUCAGCUGCCAGAAUAACGGGGAUCUUCAUUUUGUUUUUCGACACGUUUCUAAUUGGACUCUUGCCGUUCGCAUUGUUUAAGGUGUUCAAAAAGAAAUUCUCACGAGAGAACGCGAAUAAAUGGACUGGGAUUGUGAAUUGCUUUACUGGUGGAAUAUUUUUGGGGACAGCCAUUUUGCAUAUGUUGCCAGAAUCAAGAGAGCUGUUGACGGGGGUCAUUUCAUACGAUUAUCCGGUCACCGAAGCAUUGACCGGAUGUGGGUUUUUGAUGACACUCACGGUGGAACAUCUUGUCAGAUACUAUCAAGUUAGACAUGUAAAAAACAGUUAUGAUAUAGGCCAUGAUAAUAAAAUAGACCAAGAAGAUGAAGAAAAAACCAAAGAAGAAAAUUCCACAAAGAACCAAACCGUUGUGAACACUGAGAUAGAGAAAAACCCUGGUAACGUGGAUGACCCGGCAACAUAUAGGGGUGACGUUAAACAGAAUUUUCGUUCAUUUCUUCUGCUGCUGGCGAUUUCGUUUCACAUGGUGUUCGCGGGUCUGGCUGUGGGACUGCAGACAAACGAAAAGGACGCCUGGAUUCUGUUGGGAGUCCUCUCUUUUCACAAGAUUGCGGUCGCGUUUAGUAUAGGCUUUCAGCUGGAAGCAAACCUGGCAAGUUUUAAGUCUGCACUUCUGUCGCUGUUCCUGCUGUCCAUUGUUGCGCCAAUCGGGGUCGUAAUUGGCUAUGUUGUGACAGAAGCUGGAGAGAACGCGCAAGGACAAGAACUUGCUUCCGGGAUAUUACAAAGUCUCUCUGUUGGCUGUUUUCUCUAUGUGACUUUCUUUGAAAUCCUUUGUUAUGAAGUAUACGCCACCAAAGACAGAAGCCAUUGGAAGGUUUUGUUCACAGUCAUCGGCUUUGCAGUCAUUGUUGGCAUCCAGUUUGUCAAAGAUGAUUAGUAGAUCUAAUAGAUAAACCUGCUAUCCGCAAUUACAAAUGUAAAUCAUUGACAAUGGUAUGUUAUUCAAGCAUUAAAAAUAAGUAAUAUAUGAUUAUCUAAACCCUCCUCGAAAUCAGUUGUAAAUUACUCAUGCUUUGCAAGUUUUUCUUUCCAUUGACAAUAUUUAAAUUUUUCAUUUUCUUUUGUUUUCCACCUAGAAUAAUUGGACCAGCGAAUUCAUCACCACAAAGUUAAUAUGACGCAUAUAUGUAUAUCAUUUACCAAACCAUUCAAAUUUUUAAAUCAUUUAACGUUUGGCUAACGUGUUUAUAUAAUCAAAGACGCAUCGUGUAUUGUAAUUUAGUGAAUGAAGAGGGGGAAAUUGGAUAUCAAUUUGAACGUCUAAAAAUUCUGUGUUCUCUGCUUCUAGUUUAGUAAUAUCUGCAUCAUCGAGAUAUAUGUCAUAUAUAUUGAACUUUCGCAUGCUUCUUUUAAAAAAAAAAUACCCGUCUAAAACCCCACCAAACAACGCAUACUGUAUAAGUUUACUUGAGUUCAUCUAUAUAUCAAGUUUCCAUUUAGAUGUAAUUGAAAUUUCGGUCAUCCGCUCAAAACAUAAUUAACCAAAAAGUGUCCGCUAUUGAAUCAAAAGACAUUCUUGAGAAGUAUAAGAAUACGACCUUCCUGGAUUGAAGAGCGCAUGCUAGAACACACAUAUCACUGACGUCGGACGUCCACGGGGAGAGACACUGAAACAAGUCUGUGUUGGGAAAUUCCUAGUUUUCUUGAUCUUUAAAAGAUUUAACAAAAAUCUCAUCUUUACAUUUUCAUGAUACUUAUAUUUAUACAUGCACUUAGAAAAAUCUUAUCAAAGGUUUUAAAAUUCUUUAAAAAUUGAAGAAGAUAAACCACCACAAGGACAGUUUUAAGUCAAUAAUGUUAUCAAUAUUAUCUACUGAUAUAUAGACCGUAGGGAUACACUGAGAAGGAAGAAAUAAUCCAAUUUGAUAGGAAUUGCCCUCUAUCGUAUUUUACGGCUUUCAACUUUUAACGAUAUUCACACGCACCGACGACAUACAGAGUGCUGGACACUCUUUAUUCAGCUAAUGAUUGUAAAUUACCUGUGAAUGUUUAAAACCUGGUGGCGGAAGCACACUGGGUGUGAAACGGGUACCUUCUAUCACAGAGCACCUUUCACAAUUAUAUUGAUAAUGCUCACAUUAUUACAUGCAGUUUCCUUGCAUUGAAUUUAGCAGGGUCCCCCAUGUACGCGAGAAUGACAGGUCCUUAAACAAUGUAAUAACCAUGUUUUCGUUGGAGAUGUAAGGACGUGUUGUAUAAUUAUAAUUUUCUUCUCGACAACUGCCAUCGUCCGGCCUGUAUUACGAUACAAGUAACUGUUAAACCUCGUGUUGAUUUUUUUUCCUAAAAAACUUUGGAUGAGUAAUAAAUGAUAAAUAGCAUCUUUUAUUUUGAAUAUUAUAAUCGCAUUCCCAAAAGUUCCUCAUUGAGUAUCACGUACAGUGGUAUUGUUUAAUAUACAUAUUGUUUUCUACACCAAAAAAUGUUGAAUAAUACCAGAAAAUAGCUUUAUUAACAAAAAGAAGGCAGGCAUGUCUGCAUCUUUGAAUAUAAGCUGUCAAAAGCAAAGAAGGACUUUAAAUUCAUUGAACCAGACACAUUUCACAUGACAGUAUACUUUACAAUGAAGAAAUUGACAAGGAUACUAAUAAUGAGGCAUCUAGUUAAAAUAUUUCAUUUGAAGAGAUAGUCGCACAUAUACAUGUACUCGCCUAAAAAUAGGAUUUUCUGAAGUUAAGACAAAAACUUACCAAUAGAAACACAUGUAAAAUGCCAAGGGAUUUUUUUUUCCGACCACAAAUGGGAACACACGGUUAACUUCUUUAGAAUGUCUAAAUCGUAUCUUAUUUCAUAAAAGAGAAAAUGUGUAUACGGUCAUUUAGAUUACUCGACACAAUUUUGAUGCAACAAUAUACAUGUAUAUGUAAUAUGUGACUCGAUGACUGCUAAAAUUUUAUGAUCUUAACUUGGAAAGGGUCGUAAUGUUAAAAUAUUUUAUUUGAAAUUAUUACGCGUUUCCUAUGCAUGUCUAAAAUAAAACAAUUGCUUACAUUAUAUCAAUGAAUAAAUAAUCCUUAUUUUUAAAGUCGGACAUAUAUACAACAAUCUCGAGCAUUAGCUAUAUGCUAAAUAUUUAUCAACUUGUACGGAUUCAUCUUAUGGGAGGAAAAUUUUCACAGUUGUACAGAAAUUGUAUUGAAUCCAAGCAGAUUCUCGAGACAGCAAUAUAUUUUAUGCUAUUACUUAUUUUAUAUUCCUUAUAGGAGUUAUGAGAUUGAUCACUGUUCGCUAUCUUCACCUUUCACGUACAUCUAUAAUUCUGACAUUUUAUUCUGUCUACGCAUAACUGUAUGUUUUAUGACAAAUGUUAUCACUUAUUCUUAGGCGAGAACCUCGUUAGAUGACAGAACUUGUGUUCGAUUUUUUUAGU